CGACGAGACUAAAAGUAAAGUACAAAGCGACGCCGGGACGGAAGAUGGCAUCUGAAAUGUACAUCUUCGAGCCCAUGAAUAUCAGCGAAUCCUAGUCCAGCAACCUAUACCCACGGCGGUUCUGAUGCGGAUAGACGCAUUCACCUCACAAAUGUCCAAAUGGCCACUUCGGCGCGACCUGGAUCACGAGGCAACUUCGCGUCUCCCACCCCAACAACCCCCGUCGCUCAAUAUCCCUUUCCUGAUGUCUUGCAACGGCAACAUGGAAGCCCUCGAUCUGAUCUACGCAGAGGCUCAACCGCCAGCUCCGUCAACAGUAUUGGUGGAACCCUGGAUUCAGGAGCAGGUAGCCACACGAUAACAGAAGCCGGCCAGAAUGCCAUAUCGACCCUGUUACAGCACCCUAUUAUGCGCACUGGCUUGCAAGCAAGCACCACCGUCCCUACCACCGGCUACAAAGUCCCCACCCAGCGAGACAUCCCCCCAGUGGCAUUGACCAAUAUCCCUCAUAUCGACUCCAAGGAAUUCCAUCCUUACCUGCAGCAAGUUGGCUCUUUGUAUGAAGCCUUCCAACGGGCUAAAAGCGAUGGCGAAGGUACCACAUCUCUGUUUCAGAGAGAUAAGAAAGAGAACGAGGAGAGUUGGGAAGCUAUUCUGAAUAAGAGGCUACAAGGUUCAGGACAUUCCAGAACUGGUUCGAUGAAUUCGACGGCGUCGACUCCAGUAGAGGCUCCGGUGUUGAAACGACGGCAGAGUGGACAGCGGCGACAAGCCGUGACACCUCUGUCAACUAUUCCUCCGGUAUAUUCGGAGGACGACUUUCACCUCGAAAACCCCAGGACGUUUGACAUCGUCUCAGAGAAAUCAGAAAUCGUGCGCGAUCCUAAUGGCACACCUACCGGCCGAAGGCCACUGGCGACAAAUGCAAUUCUGCAGGAGAAACUCUCUUGGUACAUGGAUACUGUUGAGGUACAUCUCAUCAACUCAAUAUCGACGGCUUCAAAGUCGUUCUUCUCAGCCCUCGGCUCAUUGAGGGAACUUCAUGACGAAGCAGAAGAUUCGGUUGAUCGGAUUCAAAUGCUCCGUAAAGAAUUGGCCCGACUUGAUAAGGAAAUGGCUCUAGACGGGCUGAAGGUUGUGAAUCUGAAGCAAAGGCGGGACAACGUCCGUCAACUUGCGCAAGCGAUCAUGCAACUCGAAGACAUCGUUCAUGCCGUGCAAAAAUGUGAGAGCCAAGUCGAUUCCGGGAAUAUAGAUGAGGCCCUGGAUGAUCUUGAAGAAGUUGAAGCACUCAUGGCUGGAAAACCGAGCAGAGUUCAAAUCGAAUCACAGCAACAUAAUUACCAAAGACGUGAUCUUCGCCGCAUCAAAGCCUUGGAAGGUGCUUUGGAUGAUUUGAAUCACUUACGACAGCGCGCUGGACGGGGUUACGAGAAUCGUUUCCAUUCAAGUCUCCUCGGUGACAUUAGAAGACACGUCGAACAAACGGAAACGAGUUCGACAUUACAACGAUGGGGCAUCUCAUACACUAAAGCUAGGCCUGGCCAGAGGAGAGCACCGUCUUCUUUUCCAGCAUACAUGAACAUUGGGUCAGACCUCCGCAGCGAUCUCGAAGCUGAGAUGAAUGGUCUUUCUAGAGCCCGGUAUACAACUCCUGCAGCGACGACGUUUCGAGCUGUUGUACUCCGAGAGAUGAAGGCCAUGAUACGAAGACAAUUGCCAGCUUCCAAUGACGAUGACAAUGCUUCCAGUAUCUCCGCUUCAACUGCUGGAGGAAGACAAUUGAGUCAGCAGGAGAAAUCUUCUGCACUUGCCAGAAAUCUUCGAGCUCUUGAUCCUGACGACUGGUAUCAGAUGUUGGCGACCAUUUACACAAACAUCAGUGAAGGUUUGAGGAGGCUUAGUGUUCAAGUCAAGAUUUUGCUGGAUAUAACCAGCAACUUGCCAGAACAUAUGAUUAAAUCACCGCCCAGGAGCCCUGAUCCAGCUAGUAUUGAUAGGGUUCUGAGUCCGACUGGCGGUCGACCAAGAGCAACAAGUUCAGUUCAAGCGGAGAUGCAACAAACCCUCGAUCUUUCCAAUCUACUAGGAGAAGGCGUGGACCUGGUGCAGGCGCAAAUCACAAAGGUAGUCAAAGUUCGUGCUCAGCAGAACUCGGAGCUUCCUUUGGCCGACUUUCUCAAGUAUUUUGCUCUCAACAAGUUGUUUGCGGAUGAAUGCGAGGCGAUAUCUGGGCGAACUGGCACAGCUUUGAAGCAGGUCAUCGACACGCAGAUCAAAGAUUUUGUUGCUCGCUUUGGCGACACGCAGAAACAACAGCUGAUUCGAACCAUGGACAACGAUAAAUGGGAUGCCAAAGACUUUGGUGACAAUGAGAACAGCCUUCUCAGCCGUACCAUGGAAGGUAGCACCAAUGACUCUUCGACGUGGAUUGAGAGCACUACCAUUUGGCACGUCUCUAGCAAUGGCCCAAGCACGACCAAUGGAAAUCCUGCCAACGGAACAGCAACGGCAAAAGUUCGCAGUGCGGUUGUCGACGAUCAGAAGUAUAUCCUUCCCGAGUCAGCCACAGCAAUGCUCCAAACGAUAGAGGCUUUUGAGCAUCUAGCAGCGGGCAUUCCCAGCAUGAGCCACGAGAUAGCAACACACUUAUUGGAGAGUUUGAAACUAUUCAAUUCUCGCAGUUCGCAACUCAUUUUAGGCGCCGGCGCAACCAGAAGUGCAGGGUUGAAGAACAUCACCACCAAACAUCUUGCUCUGUCAUCCCAGGCAUUGAGUUUCAUCGUCGCUCUUGUUCCCUACGUUCGAGAAUUCUUCCGCCGACAUCUACCCUCUUCGACGGCGUCCUCCAUCAUGACCGAGUUUGACAAAGUCAAGCGGUUAUUUCAAGAACAUCAGAACGGCAUCCACGAGAAACUGGUGGACAUCAUGUCGGGUCGAGCGUCAAUGCAUGUAAAGGCCAUGAAAGCCAUCGAUUGGGAAGAAGCGGCGAAAAACAAAGCCGUGUCCGUGUCACCAUACAUGGAGACCUUGACGAAAGAAACGGCAACAUUGCAGAAAGUCCUGUCGAAACAUCUACCAGAACCAGUGGUCGCAGGUAUCAUGAUUCCCGUGUUUGCAAGCUAUCGAGAACAAUGGACAAAGGCAUACCAAGAUGUGAAUAUUCAUUCCAGUGCCGCAAAAGACAGACUCCUUGCAGACGCAGAAUUAUUCCGUACACGCUUGAGCAAAAUCGACGGUACCGGAGAUCUCGGUGACGAGAUAGUCAAGGUCGUUGAGAACAAGACGGUUCAGAACGAUCAAUCUGUCCAAUCUGAAGCUUCUUCGCAGCCACCGUCGACUGUUUCAGGUAGACCUACAACUACAGCAGCAACAGCAACUUCGACAUCAGAGCCUGCAUCUGCAUCUGCAUCUGCGCCUGCGGGUGAUGACCCUCAAGCAGGGAAAUCCGAUACUCCAGCUCCUUCAGAUCCAAAGGAAGUAUCAUGAUCAACAUUGCCAGAAAGAGAAGAGGGCGGGAAAGGGGGAGGCUAGGAUAAGGACAAGGCCAGAGGCAAGAGGAAAAAGAGGUCGGGUGGAAUGAGGCAAGAAAAUUCAAACAUUCAACAAAGCAAGUCAAGUACCUAUUUUAGAUGACUAGACCUACCUCUUCUCUUUAGGCCUCAAUAACGAAUGAAAGUCCAGUCCGUUCGGUGUCCUCUCCCUACUACCUACUAGUAGGUAAAUAACUAUUAAGCGAGAUGCGUCGCAUUUGGAGUAUCUUUGUUCCUUUUGCCCUGCAAAAGCAUCGCAUCACCAACCAUUAUCCAAGUCCCUAGUCUACACCUUUUUGAGAGAAGGUGGUUCUUUUUUCCGCCGAAAAUCCCUCUCUCUCGAAUGAUCCUCUUCCCUACCGCAUCGCAUCGUAUUCUUCAGUGCGUUGGGACAAAACCCCCUGGUCACUUCUUACUCGCCCGGACUUAACAUCGUUGAUAUCACCAAAUACCCGAACCGUCCAUCCACCAUCCACCUUCCACCAGUCAGUCACCUUCUCAACUCCCCAGGCAUAGCAAUACUGCAGGGGA